UAAUGUUGCAGUUUGAAAGCUACAUUUCCUGCAAUUCUACACCUUGCCAUGGGUCUGAGAGAAAAUAUGCAGUUUUAAAGAUAUCCUGCAAUUAUAGACAUUUUGCUAUGGCUGAUAUUAUGAGUGACUCAAACAUCAUAGCAAAAUCACUGGGGGCCACAUGCCAUGACAAAAAUACUCCUAAUUUCAUAAUUCUUUUCAAUUUUAGAUUUUCUCUACUUUUAUAUCUGGUUUAAGUCAUUUUAAAUUUGCACUAUGCAGAAAUCGCCCUGCAAUUUCCUGGUUGCUAAAACUCUAAUUUGUCUGAUUUCAGUUAGUAUAGUGUAGAAAAUUAUUGGACCAUCUAAACUGCUGUGAAAUAUAUUUUUCAUAACCAAAAAUAUUGUUUCAGCUGUUUGAGGCUGGUGUACUAAACCGAAAGUAAAAGACUCAAAAACAAAACUUAAGAACGGGAAGCAUAGAAAUAGUGCACAUAGAACAUAUCUACCUACCGCUUCUUAGACUUGCUUCCAAGAAGAAUUAUAGAUUUAUAACUCACCAUUCUAUGUGAAAUUGGUUGCGUGGCCAAAAAAGCUACAUAUUUAAGUUUACACUAAACGUUUUCCCACCCUGAUUGCAUUUUUUCGUUUUUUUUUUACUGUUUGGACAUGGGCAGUCCGAUAAAACACUUGGGUGCGGCCCGCCCAAGUCUUUUCAAUGCAGACGAAAACCUUGCAUGCAGUGCCCUGGCUAUAAUAAAAUAUAAUCACUACAUGUUGCUUGGAUGGACUUAAUUUUGACAGUAAAUGAAGACAUUCUAUUAGGAAUCGCUCUCAUGUAAAGUAAGUAUAGUUCCACCAAGCCUUUUGUCAAGAUCAGAACAUUCAAGCAAUCAUUGUGUACCCCUGAAGAAACUUUGUUUAUACCCAUUAAAUUACUGUAUAUGCACGACUUAAUUUUUACAAGUUUACUAUUCCAUUCGUUGGCACCACCAACAUUUUUUUGAGGGGUGUGUGUGUGUCAACUCAUGCUUUUUUCAAGAACAGAACAUGAACUGGGGACCACCUGUAAUUUAGUGUAUAAAGCUGAGAAGUGUUCACUUUUCAAUCUUCAUGAAGUUGUAGAGUAGACAAUGGCCCAUGAUGGCUAUAAUCCCCCAUCCACUCAGAACAUUCCAGAUAGUACAUACCAAAUGUUAUGUGCCUGAUAAAUGAUACAUCUCAAAAUUUGACACAUUUGCUCCCUGAAACCUAACCUAACACUUUGGGCUAAGCUGCCCCGGCCUGUACCACAGGUAUAGUUCGCUUUGCCCUACAACAUCCCCAUGACAUACCUAUCCCUCCUCUGGCUCUCUACCUCCUCAAAGAGGAACACCGAUUUAGUCGAUGAUUUACAGUCACUAGUUCUUUUUUUGACCUUUUUGUUUGAAAGUUUGUGCCUAGUAUACUUUUACAGUGAUCUCUUAAUCGCCCCAAAGAUAUGCCGGAAAUGUGUUUGGCUCAGGAGCAGACUGAAGUCAAGGGGAAGGUAUGUUUUUGCAGCUGAAAGAUUCCAGCUUGAUUUCUUAAGGGUUGAAUUCUUGCACGCUGCCCCCCUCUCCCCUCCCUACCUCACAGACUGCAUAUUUUUAAUUCCAGGUCUCAGGUAUGCACAGUCAGAUAGUAUGGAUUACACUGGCCAUGUCGUCUAAUAAACGCCACUACCUAAAGCCUCGCAUUCAGCAGAGAUGUACCCUGUAUUCAUUUACCAUGUGCUUUACCUCUCUCUGUCUGUUCAUGGAUGUUGCAACUCUCCAGGUGUUAUUCCAUUGUACUAUAACAUAAGUAGUAGCUACUGCUGUAAAAUACUAACAAGAUAUGGUGAAGUGACUCUUCUCAAUAGUAGUUAAUAGCUAAACACUUCCUUGUCGUCACUGGAAGCAUUUCUUCUAAGGUACAUUAAACAGCGGGUAAUCAGUCUCGUCAUUAAAUACAAAGGUUAUUUGUGUUUUCCUGUCCAUUGUUUUUCAGACAAGUAUUAUUUCAUUUGUGUCGUUGUGACUUAAAUAUUUUUUUACACAAAAAAAGCUUCAUAGCAUUACUUCCACUUUUUUUCAACUAUGUUAAUAUCGUUGAAUACCAAAGGCAUUAGAGAAUGUGCUGUAAUUCUGCAGUAGUUUCAUUGCUUGGUUAGAAGGGUGGUUUUUGACUGGGGGAGAAUCAGCUGGGUUCUAAUGACACUCAACCUGCCACAGCAAACAGUCAUUAGCCAAAACCACACUCUGGGUCAGUCAAUCCUCAACUGCCAACCAGUGUUGACUUUGCAUCCAUUUCCUCCAAUAACGUAGGCCAUUUUAUAUUUGACAUUUUGUAUUUAGUUAUAGUACUGAAUUUGGGGACUUGUCAGACACUCUGUUCAGAAAGGCAAGUAACAAACACACUUACAAACUACUCCUACACUUUGGAUGCCAUCGUGCUUAGCCACAUGCGUUACACUUCUGACACCAAAUGUUGCAAAUUUAUGGGGUAGCCGUCUGGGACUUGCAUUUGUGAGUCCAAGACCUUUGCCAUUAAACCAAUAAAGGUUCAAGCCUCUUGAAAAGGUUGUUAGGUGUUGUACGGAGAAUGAUUGUUAGAAUUUAGCUGCUAUUUAAAGUCAGUCACAGUCCAGACUCUAUUGAAUGUACAGCUGUACAUUAAUUGGCAAAUCAGCUUCUGUUCUCAACAUGUUAUCAUUUCUUGUGAUCUAUCUAAUGGUAGAGAGCUGGUUGCCAUUUUAUAGUAUUAGUGGUGGUUUAUUUUGGGAAACAGACUGCAUGUAACUUGCUUGUGCUUUGAACCAUGUUGCUACUAGAGAUGCCUUUUGUCAUUUUACAUGAAUGAAAACAACAUGAAUGUAUUAGUGUCAUGUUGCACAAGCUUUGGUGUUUCCUGUAUUGUGCUUGAGCAGUGACCAGUCAUAACAUAGCUGUAAGACUAAUGGGACACACCUAUAACAAGACUGUGACUGUUAUUUCUCUGACUGUCAUUCUCCUGGGCUCGGUGGAAGGUAACGGGGUACAGAUGCAGAGAGAUGUUCAGUGCUGUAUGCAGUACUCCCAGGGGAAAGUGCGCACCAAAGACGUGCUGAGGUUUGAGGUACAGACGGAGGGGCCAGACUGCAGUAUAAAAGCCAUCAUACUGUACACCAAGAAGGCGGUGAAGUGUGCUGACCCCAGAGACCGAAAGGUCAAGAGGUUACUGAGGAAGCUGCUCCAGAGGCAGAGGACCAAAGCACAUAGGAUCAUGUGGCUCUACCCUCAUGGCAACCUGCCAGUCAUGUCGGAGGACAAGAAGGAUGGGUGGGAUGCCUUCCAUGUGGAAUGAGUGUGAGGCCAAGUAAACUUCCAGCGGCUUGUCAUCCUAACUCAGCCAAGCUUUCUGACUCUCCAGUCGUCUCGUGUCAAUAUCUCCCUGGGAGUGUGGUGGCGGAGCUGUCAUUGCCAUACAGUCCAUGAGAGGUUUUGAUAUAUAGCUAAAUGUAUUUUACACUGACUGUCGCUAACUAUGCCAAAGUAUUAUGCUAAGUAUUUCUGAUUACUCUAGCCCAAGAAACCAGUCUUCACCGUCUGUGUAUACCUGUUCAAUGUAUACCUGUUCAAUUUCCUAGAGGGCUUGUUCUCGCCUGAAACACAAUGUAAUGUAGAAAAAUGCACUGUCUGUUUAAACACGACAUCUGAAGUGGAUCUUUUCUAAAUAAAUGGACCUGAAAGAA